UCUACGUGGCUGAGAAGUUUUUCAUCCACUAAUACCGGGGAGGGGUGGGGUGGGGGCAGGUGUCCCUCUAUAAAAUAUAGCGCAAGCUGCAGUCCGCGUCCAGCUGUAACCCAGGAGUAAUAUCAGAAACAAGUGAGAAUGACCACUUUAACUCACCGGACCCGUCGCACUGAAGUAGGCAAGAACUCUGAAAAGAAAGUGGAAAGUGAGGAAGACAUUAAUCAAGAGAGAAAUCCAGACAGUGAAGACUCUGGAGACUCUAAGGAUAUCCGCCUCACCCUUAUGGAAGAAGUACUGCUCCUGGGACUAAAGGAUAAAGAGGGUUAUACAUCCUUCUGGAAUGACUGCAUAUCGUCUGGGCUGCGAGGGGGCAUCCUGAUAGAGCUGGCCAUGCGGGGUCGAAUCUCGUUGGAACCUCCCACCAUGCGUAAGAAGAGACUACUAGACAGAAAGGUACUGGUAAAAUCAGACAGCCCAACAGGUGACGUCUUACUGGAUGAAACACUCAAGCACAUUAAAGCAACUGACCCCACAGAAACUGUCCAAACAUGGAUAGAACUACUCACCGGCGAGACCUGGAACCCCUUCAAAUUACAGUAUCAGCUGAGGAAUGUACGAGAGCGAAUUGCAAAGAACCUAGUAGAGAAGGGCAUUCUAACCACUGAGAAGCAGAAUUUCCUUUUAUUUGACAUGACCACCCAUCCAGUAACCAAUACAACGGAGAAGCAGCGACUAGUGAAAAAACUGCAAGAUAGUGUACUAGAGCGGUGGGUGAAUGACCCUCAGCGAAUGGACAGGCGAACACUGGCACUCCUGGUGCUGGCUCACUCCUCUGACGUGCUAGAGAAUGUCUUCUCCUCUCUGACAGAUGACAAGUAUGACAUGGCAAUGAAUCGAGCCAAGGACCUGGUAGAACUGGACCCUGAAGUGGAGGGGACAAAGCAUAGUGCCACAGAGAUGAUCUGGGCUGUGCUGGCAGCCUUCAAUAAAUCCUAAAGCCAGCUGGUAGGUUUCUCCUUUUCCCUUGCUGGCUGGUGACUGUCAGAGACCCCAUCACUGAGUUUUGUGUGAUGAGAUGCUUUUACAUCAUGUUUUUUCCUCCUGUUAAAUAAGACUUCAUGAUUUGAGGCAGGGGCAACAUCAGGGCUUCUCCAUAAACUGUGACAAUUCUAAGUAGACUUUGUUUCACCCUAUACUUCCACUCCCGAGCGAAAUAAAUGGGGUGAACACACACCCAGUAAACAUAUUCUCCCAUUUCUUGGCUUAGUUUCAUCCAGUGUGCUUUUGGACAAUCAGGACUAUCUAAUGGGGUUUAGACUGCUCAGCCACAGAAUGUGAAUGAGAUGAAGAGCAAACAAUUUAUUACAUUUCGUAAGUUUUUUUUUUUUCUAUCUUAAAUACAUGGUGGUUUCAAAGCCUUUGUUUCUAAGACUUUGUUAAGUAAUGUACUUUAUUUAAAUAAUUAUGUCUUUAAAUAAGGGGCAAUGGAAACAACACUAAUUUUUGGAGCAGAUGGUCUCUGGGAUUGUUCUACAGGUGGUUUUCUCAUCCUUCCUUUUCUAAUCCAACCGAGAAUGUCCCAAAUUUGAUUACCUGGUUCUCACAUCCUAGAACCAAAAAAUAUAUUCUAUACUCCCUCUAACAUCAUCCUGUUCCCUCACUCAGCAGGACAAAAGUCUAACUGAAAAAAAAGAAAAAUGUAUCUCUCAGCCACCUGUUUCAUGUAGUCAACACUAGAAUUCGUAAGGAAGGGAGGUAGCAUGAGGCUUUCCACUCUUCAGCACAUGACUGUCAUGUUCUCCAGACUACUUUAAAUGUCUCUGCUCCGAUUGAAUUGAGGGAGCUGUAAAUUUCAGUUGGUAAAUAGCAGCAUCCUGAGUCCAGACAGUAUAUCUGAACUCAGUAUUACUGUUGCCUGUUUUUUGGCUUCCCACAUAAGUUGAGAAACUGUCUAUAUUUAAGGGUUCUGGGAGUAGUUUUGUGUAUACUUAAUUCACAGAAUAGUCAUCAAUCUUGGUUUAACAUAACCCUCCUUCUGGCCAAAUCUCUAAAACACUUUCACUUCAGUAGUGAGAGCAGAGAAAAACUUCAUUAAGAAAGAUCCCAUAUAGAGGGGCAACUUGGUGUCAAAAGCAGCCUGAUAUAAAGGCUAGCAUAACUUCUUUUCCUCCUCCGACCCUACCUAACCCCACAGAAAUUCCCCAAUUCAAUUAACAUUUUUUUUUUUGUUUUUCACUUCAUCUUUUUUUUUUUAAUAAUUUUUAUUCUGCUUUAAGUGCACUUCAAGUAUGUCUUAACUAGAGGUACAAGUUGUAAAUGUGAGGCUAAGGAGAGCUCCAGUGGUAAAAGUACAAAAACCAGUCCAUUAGUUGCCUCUACCUGACUUAGCUUUUCUCUUCAUUUGAACAAUUCGGCAUGAAUUGAAACCAGGUUUUCCUGUGGAAAGUUUCAGCCUGAUUGGGGGAUAAUAGUUCAGCUGAGUUCUUUCUUGCAACUCUCGGUCAGUGUUUAUUUUUAUAUUGUAUCUCGAUAAGAUUGGAUUGUCUUCAGUUUGAACCUGCAUAAUGUUCACUGCCAGACAUAUUCUCAUUUAAUGCAUAUAGCCCUCACACUUCUGUAUAAUAAAGAUCAAUUCUUGGCUCUCUCGUCUCUCUAUGCAGCUUUACAACUUUUGUUAUUUGACUUGGAAAUAAGAGCUUUCUGCAUAAGGUCAGAAAUGUCUCCUCUUACGCUAGUAUAUUAGCCUCUGUUUCAUCCUGUGUGGAAAAAGAUUAAGGGUCCACAAAUUUUAUAAUUGUAACAGGUAUAGGCCAAACUGAACACCAGCUAAUGUAAAGUCUGAAUACUGUCUCCAUCUCAAUUAAAAUAACAGUUACCCAAAUUUACCAUUAUUCCCAUGAGGAGAAUGAGUAUGUUCUCUCCUAUUAAUAUCUUCUUGCAAGUGACCCCUGAAUUUAUUUAAGAGCUAAGAGGUCUUAGGCUCUAAAUUUUGAUAACAUACCUAAACAUAACAGAAUUAACAAAAUGUGAAAAAAUAAUUGUACUGAUAAACUUUGUUAAUUGGCUUGUCCUUCCCUUCUGUAGAAUGUCUACAACACAAGGGACAAUAAGAAAUUUAUUUACUAGAAUUGUUUAUACUUCUCUGUUAUUUAUUUAAAACAAAGCAGUGUUCCCAUAAGUCAUUCUUUAGUUGAUGCAAAGACCACCUGUACCAAAGACACCUGGGGAGAAAAAGGAAGAGUACCUUGCUAAAAAGGAAAGAUUACUAGUAAAUCAGUGUCUGGUUAGGGGCUUAGGAAGCUGAGAUUUAAACAAAUUCUCUUAAAGCUUGCAUAUUAAAAUUUGAGAACACCGCUAUAAUUGUUGAUCAUCAGGACAGCAAAUUCUGUGGGCUAUACCUUCAAAAUAGAUGCCACAUCCAGCCAUUUUCGCCCUCUAAGUGGCUACUAAACUCUAGGCCAAGCCACCACCAUCUCUUACUUGAACUGUUGUAAAAGUCUAGUUGGUUUCCUGCUACUUCUUCCACUCUUGGCCCCCACAUAGCAGCCAGAGUAAUCAGUUUAAUACCUAAAUCAUCUUGUGGGACUCCCCUGUUCAACACCAUCUAAUGACUACCCAUCACACAAAAAAAUAAAAGUCCUUACCGUGGCUGAAAAAGCCAAAAGUGAUCUGCUCCUUGUCUACAUCUCUCUUACCCUGGCUCUAGUUUGCAAUUUCUCAAAAAAAACACCAAAAUCAUGCUACUGCUUCAGGAGCUUUGCAUUUGCUGUUUUUCCUCCAGAUAACUUCCUGGCUCACUCCGUACCUUAUUCAGACCUCUGCUCAAAUAUCUCAGAGAAGUGUUCCCUAACCACCCUACCUAAAGCACCAUCUCCUCCUACCCAGUCACAACUAGAGUAAUUACUGAGUACAUCUCUGCCCUAGACAUUCUUCUAGUUUUUGUGAAACCCCAUUCUCUUUUUCUAAUCAAAAGGUAAUGAUGCUUAUCUGCUUUACUCUCAUUUCAAGUUCCACCCUUCCUAAUGCUCAGUAAU